CUAUUUUCUGUCACAAAUAUUUCAGAUUUUGGCUAUGGAUAUCAAUCGCGAAAACUAUGAAUUGGGUCUCCCCGUGAUUGAGAAGGCGGGUGUGGCUCACAAGAUUCAGUUCAAGGAAGGCUCUGCCCUCCCUGCUCUUGACCAAAUGAUUGAUUUUAUCUUCGUAGACGCGGACAAGGACAACUAUUUGAACUAUCACAAGAGGCUGAUCGACUUGGUUAGGGUUGGGGGAGUGAUGGGCUACGACAACACACUGUGGAACGGGUCGGUGGUGGCGCCGCCGGACGCGCCGUUGCGGAAGUAUGUCAGGUACUACAGAGACUUCGUGUUGGAAUUCAACAAGGCCCUGGCUUCCGACCGCAGGGUUGAGAUUUGCCAGCUCCCCGUCGGCGAUGGAAUCACCCUUUGCCGCCGCGUCUGCUAAAUUUUCGGUGUUGAAUUCGCCGGCGUUACACUCGCAUGUAUUGUUGUUGCAGACAUUUUAUACAAAUUUGUUUGCAUUUUUCAUGUGUUCACGAAUGUCCAAUGUACCUAAUAAAUACCCUCUUACCCAAAUUAUUUCCCUAUUUUUAAACAUUGUACAAAGAGUUGCGUUGGUUCUAAGAUUCAUGUGUAAAAUAUGAAUUUAGUCACAUAUGUUUCUGAUCUGAUUAUAAUGGAACAAACUUUUAUUUAUUUA